GAUUUGACCAUAGAAAUGCUAAUACCAAGCUAUUUCCGGGUCAGGGGGAGGCUGUGGAGGACAGGACGACAAGCGGAGUGAUUGCCGGAGAGAUCUUGGACUAAACGGGACUGCCGCGUAGGUUGUUUUGUUAGCCACCCCGGUGCAUGUGCGCAGCACCUAGCUAGCUGACCGCCGACCGACAGCCCACCCGCUGGUCACAUGAAGUGAAUUUGACCGGGGGAGGGGAGGAGGGAGGAUGGCGGAGCGGGACAUGUCGCCGGGAGAUCAGCCUCUGCAGGCAUCUUCAGAGGCAUCAGAAAGUUCUGGGAGACAGAAUUCCUCGGAUGAAAACGGACACGCUGACAGUCCAGACGAGACUCUCUCCCCGACCUCGGUGAUUUACUUCAAGGAGGCUUUAAACUCCUCGAGCCUGAGGUUUGGGAAGGCUGGGUCGCUGUCACCCACUUCGCUUCGACAGUAUGACUUCCAGAUUGAAAGAAUCGACUCAAAGCGCAGAAAUCCCAAGGAUCCCAUCGCUAUUGAAAGGCUUAACUUGAUGAACAUGGCCAAACUGAGCAUCAAGGGCCUGAUCGAGUCCGCCCUCAACCUCGGACGCACACUUGACUCUGACUAUGCACCUCUCCAGCAGUUCUUUGUGGUGAUGGAGCACUGUCUCAAACAUGGGUUGAAAACUAAGAAGACCUUCCUGGGCCAGAACAAGUCAUUCUGGGGGGCAUUGGAGCUGGUUGAGAAGCUGACGCCUGAGGCAGGAGAGAUCACUGCCAGUGUAAAAGACCUGCCUGGCCUCAAAACUCCUCUGGGAAGAGGGCGCGCCUGGUUACGACUGGCCUUAAUGCAGAAGAAGCUCUCGGACUACAUGAAGACCAUCAUCAACAGAAAGGACCUGCUCAGUGAAUUCUACGAGCCGAAUGCGUUGAUGAUGGAGGAGGAGGGAGCUGUCAUCGCCGGGCUGCUCGUCGGACUAAAUGUCAUUGAUGCCAAUCUGUGUAUGAAGGGAGAGGACUUAGACUCACAGGUCGGGGUGAUUGAUUUCUCAAUGUACCUCAAAGAUGGUGGACACAGUAGUAAGAGUGCAGAGGGUGACGGUCAGAUCACGGCGAUUCUUGAUCAGAAGAAUUAUGUGGAGGAGCUGAACAGACAUUUAAGCGCAUCAGUAAAUAACCUCCAGGCCAAGGUGGACGCUCUGGAAAAGUCCAACACAAAGCUAACAGAAGAGCUUGCAGUGGCAAAUAACAGGAUCAUCACCCUACAAGAGGAUGUGGAGAGGGUAAAAGAGGAGAGCUCAUAUCAGCUGGAGUCCAGAAAGGCAUUAAGAAGCGACUCAGCAGCAGACGGACAAGCACUGGGUGAAACACGCAAGCAGCUCAAAGAGGAAACUCUGCUUCGACUGGAUGUGGAGAAGGAGCUGGAGGUGCAGAUCGGGAUGAAGCAGGAGAUGGAGCUGUCAAUGAAGAUGCUGGAGAAAGACAUCUGUGAGAAGCAGGACGCCCUGGUGGAGCUCAGACAGCAGCUGGAAGACCUUCUUGCCAUCAACCAGCAGCUUAGCCACAAGUCACAGAGUGCAGAUGCCGGCUCUAAACAGAAGAGUGAAGUCAUCGCUCGCCUGGAGGAGAAAAUAAACCAGAUGACAGGGACCGUAAAACAGCUGGAGACCAGAUGCAAACAGGCCGAGAGAGAGAGGGAUCUGGCUUUAGAGGCCAACCGGCUCUUCAAACAGGAGUUUGGAGACAAAAUUGAGAGUCUGCAGGUGGAAGUGGAGCAGCUCAGGAAACACAGGUCUAAUCUGGAGCAGGAGCUGAGAAAAGAGCGAGAGCGAAGGAGUGAGCAUCAUCUCAACACCGCAUCCAGACAGUCCAGCACUCCUCGGAGAGAGAGGAGGAAACCCCCGGAGAACAUACCGAAACAUCUCCCAGAAUCUCCAUCAGUCAAAAGGGAGAAUGACCAGUUAGCCAGUGGACAGGAGGACAAAACCAGUCUGAGCUCCAGUUUGUCCUUGUCGCAUCAUGAGGAUGAACAGGACGAGUCAUUUGUGGAGAUCAGUCAGCCCUCCAUGUGUACGAUGUGCGAACAGGACGACUCCCUCCUCAAGACAAAGAAACAGUGUAAGAACUGCAGCGGUGUCUUCUGUGAGAGCUGUGUGUCCAACGAGCUGCCGUUACCUUCCUCCAUUCUCCCAGAGACUGUGUGCGUCGCCUGCUACUCUCUGUUACUCCAGCAAUACGCUUCAACGCCACCGUGAACAGACUCGGACACAUGGAAACCAGAGGCAUUGAUUUGUAAAACUGGCACUGCUAAAAUGCACUUUUUGACUUCAUGGCUUGAAGUGUGACGAAAGAUCCGAGUCCCGUGAGUACUGAAUUCUGUCGGACAUUUUAAUUACUUUUAAGUCAGCAGUGUCUAAAUGCGCAGACGUGGGACAUUUAGUUUUGUGUGUGUGCAGGUUUUCAUUUUAGUCAAAUACUGCCGUAGUCACAAACCUCUUUUCUGUUUGAAAGUGUGUGUUGCGCUGCUGUGGUAUUUUUUUAAAAAUGAAAAUCUGCACUUACACGGCUGAAAGUGGCGCCUGGUUGGACAUUACUGAUGUGACAA